AUGUCUACUAUUUGUCCCACGGCCCCACCUCCACCUCCUCUACCUUCUGGCACAGCCACCACCUCCAACAUUCCUCCAACUGCUCCCACAACUUCUAGCUCCAAUCUUAAGUUUGCCAAGCCUAACAAGUUUAGUGGUAAAAAAGAAGAUGCCCUAAAUUUCAUCAUUGCUUGUCAGGCUUACAUAAGGGCAAAAGGAGCAAACCAUUCCCACAAAGAAAAAAUUUUGUGGGUUACAUCAUACUUUGAGGGUGCAGCUGAAGACUGGGUCCAUCCAUAUAAGGAAAGGAAGGUGUUCAGGGGAGAAGCAGUCCCCUUAUUAGAGGAUAUUGAUAAAUAUUGCCAAAAAUGGAACAACUUGCAACAGAAGGCUUUGGUCCAGGAGUAUACCCGUGAAUUCCAACAAUACUCAGUGUCCUUGGGCUACAGCAAUGAAACCUUGCGUGACAAGUAUUACAAUGGCCUUAAAAAUGACAUCAAGGACAUCAUGCUCUCCACCAUGUUCCAAUGGCGUUGUGCUACAGCCCAGCAAGUCUAUGAUAAGGCAGAAGAAAUUGCAAAUCAUAUCAAAUCCACUUGCUUGUCUAAUCCGUUGGUCUCCACUAUUCGCGCCCCUGCCUCUGCUGCCCCCAUUUCUGCUUCCAGUCCCACUCCCACUCCCACUCGUCUCAAUGUGGGAGAUAAUGUGUACAUGAUUGAUCCCACCACUUGUUGCGCCAAGAAAGGCGCUAUCACUUCCAUUGUUUGUACAACCUCUGGCAACAUGCCAAAUGUCAGGUGGAACAGGGAAACAAAGGACACAAUGAUCCCUUUCCCAUCUCUUAAAAAGGAUGAACGCCCUGCUGCAGCCGCCCUGUCAUAA